CAUUCUGACCCUUCGGCCUGUGGAAAAAGGGAUUCCCCGCAACCGAAGGGCAUGAAGGGAAGGUGGGUAGUUGCGUUUGUUUUGUGGUGAGAAUUACCAAGAAUAUCAGAUUGUUAAGAUAUUUCUUGAAGCUCCCACACUGUUCUACAGAUUGAGAAUGUUCUGGAAGUUUCUUUAAUUGGGCUAGUGGGAUGAGAUUCCCUAAAUGUUGAUUCUAAAGGGGAACUAUGGCUGAAAGUUUGGCUGAUGGUUUCUACGCUGCUCUUGCAAAUGUGAAGGCACAGCAGGAUUCUAGGUCUAGCAGAGAGAAUGUGCAGAUAAAACGCUCGUCAGCCCAGUCUGUAAGCACAGAGAACCUUGUUGGUAAUGAAUUACAAUCCAGGAAGAAAUCGAGACCGCUGAAAAGAGAUACUUCUUUGGACCAUUUCGGGAACACUUCAGUAAUAAAGGAUAAUGGAAAGUAUGAAGCAUUAUCUAAGAAGAAAAAGAAUAUUUCCAAACCUACAGAAAGAAUUCUACCUCCUACAGAAGACCAGACAUUGGGUGCACAGGGAGGAAAUAGAAAACAUGAUGGAGAAAGAAGUCAUUCUUAUUGUUCUGCUGAUGAUGUUGGAUGGAAGAGAGUGCCUAAACAUAAGAAUAGUAAAAGUAGAAACCAGAAGCCUAAUUCUGGAUACCUGAAGGGUGAAAUUGUUUCAAAUUCCUUUAACAAGGCAGGAAAGUGUUUUGAGACGGAGGCAGGUCAUGAUAGACUUAAUACAGAAGGAGGGCAUCAAAGUGGAGGUCAUGCUGCUCCUACACAGGAACAAUAUCAAAGACUGUCACAACAAGGAGUGGAGCGAAAGUGUGUUCUGGGGUACAGACAGCUUGAAAAACUAGCUGAUGAAGAGCCGUAUGAUAUUAUUAUGGUGUUAGCCAACCAAAGGCGUGAGUUUGAAACACUCUUAAAACAGCCACUGAAGCCAGAUAUGUUAAUUCUAAUUGUAAGAGUUUUAUCAAAACUCAGUAAAGCGGAUUUGGAAGAAAACAAAGUUGCUGUUCUGUCUCUGGCUUGUAUUCAUGAAUUUCUUGAUCAGUUGUCACAACAUAUAGCUCUUAUUCCUCUUGAAGUGAACAAAAAGAGGAAAGAGAAUGUUGGAAACUUCUUUGAAGAUCUUAUGACUUUUCUGGAAACUGUUGUUAGUCUCCUGCCAAGUAAAGCAGUUCAAGGGUGUGGCAAAAUUUUCAUGAUUACUGAUAUGUUGAUAAAAAAUUUUGAAGGACAGCAGCUUUCAUGGUCUAAUUUUGAUGAAGUGAAGACAAAAUUUGUGCAUAUCAAGGCUCAAUAUGAAGUCUGUAUUGAAGAUGAAAAAAGGAAGAAAAAGGAGGAUGUGAAUAUAUGUGCACUAGAAAUUCAACAGGAUGACUUCAGGAAAAUAAGCAUAUACCCAAAUGCAGAAGAGAUCCUUGCUGAAGAGCCAGGAUUUGUUAGACCAAACAUCAUUGAUGGGGCAUAUGAGAGUGUGGAUCAUUAUCUUGAUACUCAGUUUCGUUUGUUGCGUGAAGAUUUUGUUUCACCUCUGAGGGAAGGGAUUUCAGGCUAUAUAAACAUGACCAACAAGAGGAUGACUAAAAAACUUAAAACUGUAACAAUCUAUCAUAAGGUGGUAUUUCUCACUCGUAAGGUUAUAAAGGACCAAUUUGGACUGGUUGUUUGUUUUGACCCAAACAAGCGUCUCAAGAAAGUAAACUGGGAGCAUUCAAAACGACUUUUGUUUGGUUCAUUAGUUCUGUUUUCAAGAAAUGACUUUGCGAAUAUAAUUUUUGGAACUGUGAUGUACAGAGAUCUGGAGGAUCUAAAGGAAGGAAAGAUUGUCAUCAAGCUGUGUGAAGGCCCAGAUGUUUGUGACUAUAUUGAUUUAUUUUCAAAUGAAUUUGUGAUGGCCGAAUCACAGGUGUAUUUUGAACCAUAUUACCAUGUUCUGAAGGCAUUACAGACCAUGAAACGGAAAUCCUUCCCAAUGGAGAAGUAUAUCAUUCAUGCAGAAAUGUCAUCCGAUCCGCCGAAGUACAUGUGUUCAGAGGGAGGCGUCCUGUUGGAUAUAGAUGGUAGGACAGUUUGUGUUUUGCAAGAUGAUUCUUGGCCAGGACCAUUGGAAUUGGAACUUGAUGUUUCUCAGUACAGGGCUUUCAAAUCAGCCCUUACAAAAGAAUUUGUCAUUAUACAGGGACCACCAGGAACAGGGAAGACUUUUCUAGGACUCAAAGUAGCCUCUGUACUCCUAAAAAAUUCCCCUAUAUGGAAUGCUUCUCGCAAUCCAAUCCUUCUAGUGUGCUACACAAAUCAUGCCUUGGAUCAGUUCCUAGAAGGACUUAUUGCAGUCACCAACAAAAUUGUGCGAGUUGGUGGGCAAUCAAAGAGCAAAAUUCUAGAGGGCUUCAACUUGAGAGAGAAGCGUAAAAGUCACAAGCGAAAAAAAAAUUUGUGUGAUCGUAUGAGAGAAAUCUAUUACAAAAUAUCUGGUAUAAGGAAAGCCAUACAGAGGGUUCUGACUUAUCUGGAAAUGAUUGCCAACCACCGAGGAAUUAUUUCUUUGUCUGUUCUGAAUGAAGUGCACAUAAUUCACGAUCAACAUUUAGAUUGUUUUGCAUCUCAUAAUUACAUGCUUAGUGAAGAGCUGUUUACUGAAUGGCUUGAAUAUGGAAAGUAUGGCGAUGUGCCUCCGUAUGAGGCAGAAGGAUAUCGUAAUGAGAACUGGGGUCAGAAUGUUGACAUAAAUGACGAUGAUGAUGCUGCUGCUGCUGCUGAUGAUGAUGAUGAUGGUGAAGGUGAAGGUGAUGGUGGCGGUGAUAGUGAUAUUGAGGCGGAAGCAAUUUGUGAUGAUGAGGAAGGCAUGCAGUGCAACAUGCUAGAUGGUAUGGAAUCACAGCCUGACAUUCAGCGUUCUUGUCUGACUUUCGCAUUGGAUUUAGAGAGGCUUGAAGAAGACAUAGAAUGGUAUGAGUUACAAAAACAGUACCUGCAGACACAAAUUAGAGAAGAUCCAAGCCUUGUUUACAGGAUGCACACGCUGGAGGAUAUGUGUGAGGACUUGAAACUGAGGUUGAACUAUAUCAAGAGGCAGCUUUGCCAUAAGGGGAAUGAAAAUAGGAGUACAGUGGACCGUCUUUUGCAAGUAAGGGACUUAUGGCAAUUGCAUGCAGAAGAAAGGUGGAUUCUCUACAGAUAUUGGGCGGACAGAUACAGAAAUGCUUUGCUUGAGGAGUUGUGUAAACAAGAAGAAAAGUUAGGUUGUGAAACCAGGAUGUAUGAAGAAGCGCAGCAGAUGAAUGAUCUUGACAUACUUAAAGAUUCACUGAUUGUUGCCAUGACGACUAGUGGAGCUGCCAAGCUGCAUUCCUUGCUACAGGCUCUUAAAGCCAAAAUAGUGAUUGUCGAAGAAGCAGCUGAAGUCUACGAAAGUCACAUUGUUGCAUCUGUGACACAUCGUUGUGAACAUCUCAUCCUUAUUGGAGACCAUAAGCAGUUGCGACCUACUCCUGCUGCAUAUAGACUUGCACGUGACUUCAACUUUGAUAUCUCCCUUUUUGAGCGGAUGUUGAAGAAUAAAAUGCACUGUGAAGUGUUGAAAGUCCAGCAUCGUAUGAGACCGGAAAUAGCAGAACUAAUUGUUCCAGCCAUCUACCCAGAGUUGCUGAAUCAUAACUCUGUAUUGCAGUAUGAGAGAGUCCGUGGUAUGCUGAAGAGUGUGUUUUUUAUCACACACAAUCAUGCAGAAGAAGAGGUGGAAGACAUUUCUAGCCACAGGAACACUCAUGAGGGUGAUUUUCUCAUUGCUCUAUGCUACUAUCUUGUCAUGCAAGGAUACUCACCGAGUCGUAUUACGAUUUUGGCAACAUAUUCUGGGCAAAUGUUUUACUUACGUAGUGUACAGAAGAAAUACAGUAUGCUGGAAAAGGUAAAAAUAAUGGUGGUAGAUAAUUUCCAAGGAGAGGAGAAUGACAUAAUCUUGCUCUCUUUGGUGCGGAGCAACAGAGAAGCAAAAAUUGGCUUUCUCAGCGUUGAGAACAGAGUGUGUGUUGCAUUGUCAAGAGCAAAGAUGGGCUUCUACAUUAUUGGUAACAUGGACAAUUUAACAAGGAGCAGCAAAAUCUGGCCAAAGAUCAAGGAAACAUUGAAGAAACAACAGGCCUUGGGUACAGAUUUGACAUUGAGAUGUCAGGUACAUUCAUCAGUGUUCACUAGAGUUUGCACUGCAGCAGAUUUCCACAACGUUCCAGAAGGUGGAUGUUUGCAAGUUUGUGGAGCUGAACUUCCAUGUGGACACAGAUGUAAACGUGUUUGUCAUGUCCGAGACCAGGACCAUGGGAACAUUUUGUGUUUUGAUCCAUGUGAUAGGAUACCAGAGAAUUGUGAACUACAGCAUAAGUGCAGCAAGUUAUGUUUUGAAGACUGUGGAGACUGCAUAACUCCUGUGCCAAGAACAUUAAGCUGUGGACACACAAUUGAUCUGCGCUGUUGUGUUGAUGCUGAGGAAUACAAGUGUCCAGUGGAAGUGGAGUGUGAAUUGAUUGAUUGUGGGCACAAAGUGAAGAAGCCAUGUCACAUGGACAUAGACCUCAUUCCCUGUUCAUAUCCUUGUGAAGACCGUCUACCAUGUGGUCACAGUUGUACAUUAAGAUGCCACAAAAAGGAUGACCCUGAUCAUCUCCAAUACCAGUGUCACAAGCCAUGCACCAGAAAGAAUGCCAACUGCAGGGAGGACCACACAUGUCCGAAGCUGUGUUAUGAGGAAUGUGGUGAUUGCAGCGUUCUAGUUGAAAAGAUACUGCCUGACUGUGGGCACACUGAACGUAUGUUAUGCUAUAUGGAUCCUGAAACAUAUUGUUGCAUGAGAAAGUGCAGUAAGAUGCUGCCGUGUGAACAUCCAUGUCGCAAUGUUUGUUCUGCCCGUUGUGGCAAUUGCCAAGUCCAGGUUACAAAGCAGCUAGUGAGUUGUGGACAUCCUGUUGAAGUGAAGUGCUGCGAACAGCCAGAUCCAGAUCUGUGCAAGAGUCCUUGCAAGAGGACCUUGCCCUGUGGCCACAAGUGCACUGCUGUUUGUUCUGAUGUAUGCACCAAGAAAUGUCUGGAGUUGAUUCCCAGUGCAGUCCGACCUUUGUGUGGACAUCUGGUGUAUAUUCCCUGCCACAUGCAAGAGGAAUUGUUGACUCCAGAUUCUCAAGAACUGCUCUCCCGAUGCCAGAUGCCAUGUGGUGUCUUACUCGAUUGUAAUCAUCGAUGCGUAGGGACGUGCGGAGAGUGUAUGCAAGGGCGUAUACAUGAGGCCUGCAAGGAGAAGUGUGGAAGAAUACUGGUCUGUGGACACAGUUGCAACAUACCAUGUGCAGAGAGCUGUCCACCUUGCAACAGGAAAUGCACCUAUAGCUGCAGGCAUUCAAAAUGCUCCAGAACAUGUGGACAGCCAUGUAUUCAGUGCAAGGAACCCUGUGACUGGGCUUGUGUCCAUCUUCGUUGCAGCAAAUUGUGUUUUCAACUGUGUGACAGAGAGCCCUGCAAUGAACCCUGCAAGAAGCUCCUACCUUGCGGACAUCCAUGUAUUGGUUUCUGUGGUGAAAGAUGCCCCCCUCUGUGCAGGAUCUGUGAUAAGGAUGAGGUCACCGAAGUGUUCUUUGGAACUGAAGAUGAACCAGAUGCAAGGUAUUUUGAGUGUAUUAAGGACCAAAGAAACCUUGAACAUGCCCAUGAAGAUGGUUGUAGG